UCAAUCAUCUUUGAUGAAGUUGACCUGACCGAUGCGAGUGUGGCUGAAUCCAGCACAAAGAAUAUCAACAACAGCUUCACUGAAGUUUAUCUGAGUCACUGCAGCGGAUGAGGGAGGGGUCUAGCCCACAGCCCUGCUCAGAGCACAGCGGAGCGAGUCAAUGUGGGGAAUGUAGGGAGCGAAGCCUCUGCCGGCUCUGUUCUUUACUGGAGAACAAGGGGACUAACUGCCACAACCAGAGGAAACCGCCUCACAACCCAAACUACCAGCCUUUCCCCACCAGCAGGGAGAUACCAGCCUUUCUUCUACACCUGGGGAAGAACGUCCCUGCUUUUCUGCCCCGUUUUGGAGAGAUUCCGGCUUCUCUUGCCCCCGGGACAAGGAGAGGAAUACCACCCGGCUUUUCUGCCCCUUGCUGGGGGGAUGUCAGCCUGGUUCUUUCCGCCGGGCCCGUAAAGAUAGCAGUCCUUCAGCUGUGUGAGCCGGGAGUGGACCCCGGAGAGGGAGCCUGAGGCCGGGAUAACUCUGAAAAUUAUCACUCCCUGCCGGAAGCUGAUUCUGUGUGCGGAGAACAGGAAGGAGAUGGAGGACUGGAUCGCCGCCGUGCGAAGCGUGCAGAACCGCGAGCACUUCGAGUCCACCCAGUACAGCAUGGACCACUUCUCCGGGAUGCACAACUGGUACGCCUGCUCGCACGCCCGCCCCACGUACUGUAACGUGUGCCGGGAGGCGCUGUCCGGCGUCACGUCCCACGGCCUCUCCUGCGAAGUUUGCAAGUUUAAAGCGCACAAGCGCUGUGCUGUCCGGGCCACCAACAACUGCAAGUGGACCACGCUGGCAUCCAUCGGGAAGGACAUCAUUGAAGACGAGGACGGGAUCUCCAUGCCCCACCAGUGGCUGGAGGGGAACCUGCCGGUCAGCGCAAAGUGCAGCGUGUGCGACAAGACCUGCGGCAGCGUGCUCAGACUGCAGGACUGGCGCUGCCUCUGGUGCAAAGCCAUGGUCCAUUCGGUGUGUAAGGAGCAGUUGUCCUCAAAGUGUCCACUGGGUCAGUGUAAGGUGUCCGUUAUCCCCCCCACUGCUCUCAACAGCAUCGACUCUGACGGCUUCUGGAAGGCCAGCUGCCCGCCCUCCUGCACCAGCCCCCUCCUAGUCUUUGUGAACUCUAAGAGCGGGGACAACCAGGGGGUGAAGUUCCUGCGGCGGUUCAAGCAGCUGCUCAACCCCGCGCAGGUCUUCGACCUCAUGAACGGGGGGCCGCACCUGGGCCUGCGGCUCUUCCAGAAGUUUGACACGUUCCGCAUCCUGGUGUGUGGGGGAGAUGGAAGUGUGGGCUGGGUCCUGUCAGAGAUCGAUACCCUGACUCUGCACAAGCAGUGCCAGCUGGGCGUGCUGCCGUUGGGCACGGGGAAUGACCUGGCCCGCGUGCUGGGCUGGGGCUCGGCCUGCGAUGACGACACACAGCUGCCCCAGAUCCUGGAGAAGCUGGAGAGGGCCAGCACCAAGAUGCUGGACAGGUGGAGCAUCAUGGUGUAUGAGACCAAGUUUCCACGGCAACACUCCAGUUCCACAGUAACGGAGGACUGCAGUGACGACUCGGAGGUGCAGCAGAUUCUCACCUAUGAGGACUCAGUGGCCGCGCAUCUGUCCAAGAUCCUCACCUCAGACCAGCACUCUGUGGUCAUCUCGUCUGCGAAGGUUCUGUGUGAGACGGUGAAGGACUUUGUGGCUCGUGUAGGGAGGGCGUAUGAAAAAACUCCAGAGAGCUCCGAGGAGUCAGAAACCAUGGCCAAGAAGUGUGGAGUGCUGAAGGAGAAGCUGGACUCUCUGCUGAAGACUCUGAAUGAGGAGGCGCAGGCCUCCACAGUCCUGCCCACGCCGCCGCCCACCAUCGAGGAGGAGCAGGAGGAGGGGGAGGGCGUGCUGGUGCCCCCCCAACCCGCGCCCCCAGCGCCAUGCUCGCCCCGCGCCACGUCCGCCAUCUUCAAGCCCCGCGAACAGCUGAUGCUCAGAGCCAACAGUCUGAAGAAAGCCAUCCGACAGAUCAUUGAGCACACAGAGAAAGCGGUGGAUGAACAGAACGCUCAGACCCAGGAGCAGAUCUUCACCCUGCCGCCAGAAGAAGUGGAGGAGGAAGAGGAGGAGGAGGAGGAUGAGUGCCGGGUGGAGGACAAGCUGUCCUUGCAGUCCUCGUAUAGCGGAAACACAAAGGGCCAUCCAGCACGAAGAGCGUCUAAAUCGCCGUGUGAAAAGCUCAUCCGCAAGGGUAGUCUGGCGUUGGGCAGCUCUGCCUCACUUCCUGUUCAAACAGGAAGGGGGGACAACAUGCCAAUGCUCAACACCAAGAUAUUAUACCCAAGUCUCAGGGCGGGGAUGACCGGAUCCCUCUCCACCAGUUCUGUCAUCAGCAGACUGCUGGUCAACGCCGACCCGUUCAACUGUGACCCGGAGAACCUCGACUGUUACACAGAGAAGUGUGUAAUGAAUAACUACUUUGGAAUUGGGCUCGAUGCGAAAAUCUCUCUGGACUUCAACAACAAGCGUGAUGAGCACCCGGAGAAGUGCAGGAGCCGCACAAAGAACAGGAUGUGCUACGGAGUCCUGGCCACCAAGGAGCUGCUCCACCGGACCUACCGGAACCUGGAGCAGCGGGUUCUGCUGGAGUGUGACGGGCGGCCCAUCCCCCUGCCCAGCCUGCAGGGCAUCGCCGUGCUCAACAUCCCCAGCUACGCCGGGGGGACCAACUUCUGGGGCGGGACCAAGGAGGACGACACCUUCACGGCUCCCUCGUUUGACGAUAAGGUGCUGGAGGUGGUGGCUGUGUUCGGCAGCAUGCAGAUGGCUGUGUCACGCGUGAUCAACCUGCAGCACCACCGCAUCGCUCAGUGUCGCACAGUAAAGAUCACCAUCCUGGGGGAUGAGGGAGUACCAGUGCAGGUGGAUGGAGAGGCCUGGAUCCAGCCCCCGGGGUACAUCCGCAUCAUCCACAAGAACCGCACACAGACUCUGACCAGGGACAGGGCCUUUGAGAACACGCUGAAGUCCUGGGAGGACAAGCAGAAGUGUGAGUUCCCCCGGCCGUCGUCCCAGCAUGCACUGCAGCCUGAGACCGUGUCUGAAGAGGAGGCCGCUCAGAUCAAUCUGUUUGGUCAAGCAGCUGGAGCCCUCAUACACAGUAUCCGGGAGAUUGCUCAGUCCCAGCCCAGUCUGGAGCAGGAGCUGGCCCAUGCGGUGAAUGCCAGCUCUAAGGCCAUGGAUGUGGUGUACGCCAAAAACACAGAGAAUCUGAGCUGCAGUGUUGUGGUUCAGAUGGUGAGCAACGUGAAAGCUCUUCACAAUGAGACGGACCUGCUGCUGACAGGGAAGAUGUGUCUGUUGGACCCCCCUCAGAAGGAGCAGCUGAGCGAUGCUCUGGCCAGUGUGGGUGUGCAGCUGCGUGGGCUGGCGGACAUCCCCUGGCUGUGCCAGCUCAUCGAGCCCGCAGACGACGAGGUGCACCUGGUGGAUUUCUCCAAGCGAAACCGCAGUGCCAAAUUCCGCCUGGUGCCCAAAUUCAAGAAGGACAAGAACAACAAGAACAAGGAAGCGAGUGCCAGCCUGGGGCUGCCAGUGCACCAGUGGGGCACGGAGGAGGUGGCUGCCUGGCUGGAGCUAAUCUGUCUCACAGAGUACAAGGAGAUCUUCAUCGGCCAUGACGUCCGCGGAGCUGAGCUGCUGCAGCUGGAGAGACGAGACCUAAAGGAUCUGGGGGUGACUAAAGUGGGUCACAUGAAGCGGAUUCUGCAGGGGAUCAGAGAGCUCAGCCGGAACAGCAGCGCUAGCGAAGCCUAGCGCCCCCCCGGACCCCCCGGGCCCCCAGACCCCCCGGGCCCCCGUCAGCCUGCCUCACACGGAGUGCUGCUAUCCUCACAGGGACCAAUCAAGCCGCAGACCUCCAAAAUCAUCAACCUCAGCGAACACUGAGUGAAGCAAUUAAAUCAGAGUGCCUUUCCUGAACAUCAGCACACGAGACCGCAGCCUGGAGAAAAGCAGCCUACAGUGCAUCUGACCCCGACUCCAGUUUUCCCUAUCGUACGAACUCCUGACCACCAGGCUGUCUCACUCAAAUUCACUGUCCGCGUUUCAUAAGACCGGUUACCUAUUUAACACUGCCACCUGCUGGGAGAUCAAGGCGUUGCGGUCUUGAUCGGAACAAGGGAGUAUUGCGAUUGUUGUAACGGGAAGAGGAUGUACACUAUCAUUGACUGCAGGGGGAGCUGUUGCUCCUCGUGUUCUCAUUACACCCACAGACUGAACCUAGAGAAUAACUGAAAAAGAGCAGACUGAAAUGUUUUGUAUUAAAAGAUAUUUAUUUCCAUAUG